CAUAAAUCUACACGAAAUAUCAAUGUCUGCUCUUUUCAACUUCACAUCGCUACUUCAAGUGAUACUUCUUCUCAUAUGUUCGUGUACUUAUAUACAUCUCAAUUGGCCAAGUCUGCUUGAUAGAAACCAUCAUGGUGUACUAGGUGUAUUUUGGAAGUUUGCAAGGGUUGGUGAACGUGCAAGUCCAUAUGUCUCCCUCGCGUUGGUGUUCAUGGCUGUUGAACAACUUAGAUCUUGAACCCUAUGUUUUUAGCGCGUUACUUCUAUUCAUGGAGCUACAAGCUGAUUUUAAUAAUACAUAGUUCAACGAUAUGUGU